UGCAGCAGUACUUUAAUCUCCUCAUUAUAACAGACGGCGUCAUCAGCGAUAUGGACGAGACGCGCGACGCCAUCAUACAGGCGUCUAAACUACCCAUGUCCAUCAUCAUCAUUGGCGUGGGCAACGCAGACUUCGCUGCCAUGGAGUUCUUAGACGGAGACGCCAGUGUCUUAAGGUCCAGCACAGGAGAGGAGGCUGUUCGGGACAUCGUGCAGUUUGUCCCUUUCAGGGAUUUUCGAAAUGCACCAAAGGAGACCCUCGCCAAGUCUGUCCUGGCCGAGCUGCCUCAGCAGGUCACCCAGUACUUUAAACAGCGGAAUGUUCCGCCUGCCAACUCAGCACCAAAGUGAGGCGGCCCAAAAGACGAGAGCCCACACGCUGUACAAAGCUCAACAAAACCUCUCUUCUCAUUAAUGGCAAACAAUACAGAAAGAAAGUGUGUACAUCAGCUGAUAACAAAAUGAGUUGUGGAUAAAAAAAAUCAAACAUUGAAGACAUCUCUGCCAUUAUGAAAUUGUUACUGGUUUAGGAAUGUUUGGUCCUGUGAAUCCAUCAGAAGUGAUUUUCCUUGUUUCCUUACCCUUUCCCACACAUGAUGAUAAUGCGUUAGGGACCUUGCAUGUCUGCAGUGAUGGCAGGAGUCUCCAAAUGAUAUGGAUAUAUUUAAAUAUGCAGGUGAAGUUGGCCUAUUUUGGGGGGAAAUAGAAAGAAUCUUGAUUUGUCAGGAUGUAGGUUAUUUGGGUUUUUUGCAUGUGUGUGUCUUGUGAUUGAUGCCACGUGAUACCUACAACUCCUUGGUGUAGAGUCCCUUCUAAGCUGAAAUACAUCAGUGUUUGAGUCCCCUCAUGCUCUGUAGGAGCCCCUUUACGGUAGCGAGUCAAAGGCAUGUGCUUUUGUGAUCACAUGUGGCCGACUCACAGACUGAGCCUGAACAGAGCACUAUUUCUUCAGUAGGAGGUUUUUAUUAUAACGUUUUGAUCAGCAGUCAUGUGAAAGGGGGGGUUUAAUGCUCAACUAUGCUAAUUUGAUUAAAGAAAUAGAGGAGGAAGUGGCAGCUGUAGCACUAACGCAGGAUGCGGGACACUGUUAAACAUGGGGCCAUUUUGUUAGCUUUUGCAAAAUACAUGUAUUUUUGAUGACUUCAGUUCAUCCUGCAUGAUGCCAAUAUCUACUUACUGUUUACAAACUGAUGCUGAGGAUUACAAACGCAUGCAUUUUUAUUUAAAAUUAUGUAUUUAUCCGAUUUUGUAAAUAUUUAAAUGAGAUUCUGUUGAGAGAGAUUGACAUGGCACUGAGAAGGCUGUCAUAGUUUGUGAUUGGAAGCAGAAGAGAUGUUUCUGAUAUGCAUAUGUAUCGAAUGUAUAUUUAUAUGAUGCCGUCUAUGUUCUGAUAAGCCAAUGUUUCUGAGCUGUUUUUAUGUACUUUUUAUGCAGUGCUGAGUUGUGUUCUUAAACUACUACUACUCCUGUGUGUAUUUAUGUGUAUCUUUGAACUAAAUGUGUUGCUAUUUAUUUUAUAAAGUGUCUAUGUCCACACUCAGGUUAAUAAACUGAAGAAAAU